GUGUCGGGGAAUCUGUUGGGGUUCUCGGCCCUUAAGGUUCAGCUCGACACAUUGGAAUAUUAUUAAAAAUAUCAAAUAAAAGGUUCUACAAACUCAAAAUGUUAAAAGCAUCACACAUGCUGCCGGCGCCCAGCCAAUCGUUGUUCCAAAGAAGUUCAACCGAAUUCAGCUUUGUCAAUCGCGAAAGGGACAACCAACUUGCAGGGCGCAAGGGAUUUAUUCCUACGCCGCCAACGACCACCGGCUCCACUGCCGUGGGCAUAAAGUACCGUGACGGUGUCAUUAUUGCCACCGACAGACAGGGGACAGCCGACUGCAUAGUAACCACAAACUGUAUGAAGAAAAUAUAUUGCUUGCAGGAUAACAUUUAUGCCGGUGGGUCCGGGAUCUACGGCGAUCUGCACCACGUCGCACGCCUCACUCGCGCCCAAAUGGAUCUUCACCGACUGCAAAUGAGUUGCAAGGUGCCUGUCGUCUGCGCUAACCAGUUUGUCAAGCAUCUAUUGUAUGACUAUCAGGGCAACAUCCGAAUCAACCUGAUCAUCGGUGGGGUUGACAAUGAGGGGCCUAGUCUCUAUUCCACCCACUUCGACGGCACCACGGAGAAGGUUCCGUUCGCAUCGAACGGAUCGGGAGACUUCGCCGCCAUGACGGUGCUGGAAAAACGAUGGAGAGAAAGUCUCGACGAAAAAGGGGCAGAGUCUCUGGCAAUCGAUGCCGUGAGAUCAGGCAUAAAAAACGAUCUGUAUUCAUGCUCCCCCAUCCAUAUCUGCGUCAUCCGCACCGAUUACUCGGUAUCACUGUACGACAAGAUCUUCGCUGGGAGUCCUGUUCCCAGAUCACCAGUAUGGAGAGUGAAGCCCCAACCACCCAAAGUUCUUUUCGCUGCUGAUCAUGCAUUGGAACCUAUUGCCAACAGGCUAUCUAAAUCUCCACCAGAAUCCGAUCAGGUUGUGCCAAAAGGGCACACCGACCGCCCUCGCAUUAGCACGCCACAAAAGCAAAAAAACUAAUAACACCACGGAAAUCGAUGGUUAAACAUUUGCUAUAACAAGUUUUAGUUGUUUUUAAUCUCAUUCUUUGUUCAUUAUUAUAACCCAACUAAACUCA